UUCUAUAUUACCAUAUUUAUACAAUUGAAUUUUAUUAUUGGUAAUUAUAAAUCUGUAAAAAUGAUAAGCGAAGAAGCUAUCUCUUUGUGCCCUAGAAAAAACAGCAUACAAAACGUUUCAACUGAUCAAGAUGUUCAAACAAUGACAUGUCCAACAAGAACUCAAGGUGAUGGAAUGGAAAAUAUUAAUCUAAAAGAUACAGCAGAAAUUAAUGAUAAAAUUAUGAAAGCAAGAUUAGGAGAAGCAUUGAUCUAUCAUCCAAUAAAUUUAAAAUAUCAGAAUUCUACCCGUCCAGUUACUCCAAUAGGGCAAAUAAUAAAUUUAGUACCAAGGACAAUAACUCAAAUAAAAAAAAAAAGACAUAUUCUUCAUUCAUUGAAAUCAAAGGAACCUAAAUUUAUUCCUUACGAACCUUACAAAGCUGCAGUUAAUCCAAUUAUACCUUUAGAAAAGAAAAAAAAUAAAGUAUCAAAGAAUAAUUUAGAUAUUAAUGUUAUGGUAGCUCAGUUAUCUUAUUUAAAAACUCAAGAAACAAAUAAGGAAUAUGAAAGUAACAAGAAAUCUAUAGUAGUUGAAAGUGAAAUAGAAAAUUUAAAAAAAAAAUAUGAAGCUGAAGUUCAAAAAUUGAAAGAAGAAAAUAGUCAAUUAGAAAAUCAACUAAAAUUUCAAGCUCAGGUAAAUGGUGAAUUAAAAAAUCUAUUAGUUGCAGCAGUAGGAGAAGAUUUAGAAACAAGAGUUCAUUUGCUAACAGAAGAUAAGUUACAAUUAGCAAGAGCUCUUUUGAAUUCAGCUCAACAUCUUAAUACACACCAAGAACAAACUGAAUGGUUGGCAGGGCAAUGUGAAGUCUGGAGAAGUAAAUUUUUAGCUAGCAGUUUGAUGGUGGAGGAAUUGGCUAAAUGGAAAGCAGCACUAUGUCAACGAAGUACAGAUCUACAAGAAACACUAAAGAGACUUUUAGAAGAACGUAGUAAAGUCAGAGAUAAUUCUUUAAAAACAUAUAGAAUUUUAAGUAUUUUAAGAGAAAAUUUUGAUCCUGUCGGAGCAGCUAGGCAACAUAAACUUCCAAGUACAAACAUAGUUGAUCUUUCUGAAGGUUGUUGUCAGUUGACUGAAUUGCUAAAAGUGCAUUUACUUAAUGGAAUGGGCAAAAUCAACCUUAAUAAAGAAAUUAAUAUAACCGGUCUUAAAAUGAAAACUCUGGCUGAACAAAAUGCAGAACAGUUGCUACUGAUCCCAAAUUUAUUGCUGCCAGGGAGACAAGAUGCAGCAUGCAGCGCAGUGAUGGGGGCAGCAGUUGCUUUAAGUGGACGUAUGUUUUUAUCAUCUGGACUGUCAACGACUAAUGAAAACAUAGCACACUGUGCUCAUUGCAGUGGUGAUAUUAAACAGGUGUGAUGAAAAAUACCAUAAUUAUAUUUA